UGGAAGGUGAAGGUCACACAAGAAGAAAGAGACUGAUCACAACACAAGUUUAGAGAGAGAGAGAGAGAGAGAGAGAAGAGAUGGGAAGACUUCUAGGGUUUGGGUUCGCUCUGACCCUGCUGUUUUGCAUGGCUCAAGGCGAUGUCCUCCACUAUGAUUUCGUGGUGAAGGAGACACCUGUGGAGAUAUUGUGCGAGACGAACCGGACCGUAUUGACCGUGAAUGGUAUGUUUCCUGGGCCGGAGAUCCGUGCUCACAAGGGCGACACCAUUUACGUCAAUGUCACCAACACAGGACCUUAUGGAAUCACCAUUCACUGGCACGGAGUGAGACAAAUAAGGUAUCCCUGGUCGGACGGCCCAGAGUACAUCACACAGUGCCCGAUCCCCACGAACUCAAGCUUCCUUCAGAAAGUUACACUCACCGAAGAAGAAGGCACGCUGUGGUGGCAUGCUCACAGCGACUGGACACGCGCCACUAUCCACGGCCCUAUAAUCAUUUUGCCUGUCAACGGCACCGAUUACCCUUAUGAGUUUGACGAACAACACACAAUCGUGAUCUCUGAAUGGUAUGCGAGAGAUACUAAGGAAAUAAUAGACGAGGCUCUUGCUUCCGGAGGCGAUCCAGACUUGUCCGUGGCCUAUACCAUCAAUGGUCAACCAGGAGACACCUAUACUUGCUCUAAUGAUUCGACGUAUAAUUUAACGGUUGUGCAAGGAAAAACAUAUCUCCUCCGGAUCAUCCACUCCGGGUUGAACGAAGAGAUGUUCUUCGGCAUAGCCGAGCACAAUAUCACUGUGGUCGGGAUGGACGGAGCUUAUUUGAAGCCGCUUAAUACCAACUACCUCAUGAUAACUCCCGGUCAAACGAUGGACGUUUUGGUCACGGCGAACCAAACCCUUGGUCGCUACUACAUGGUGUUCAGUCCAUUCGUGGACACCAAUGCCCCGUCCAACGAGAACGUCACGAGGGGGAUAUUCCAAUACAGCGGCUAUAACGAAUCGGAGACUCCCACGUUACCCGAGCUUCCGGGUUUUACCAACAAAAGCGACGCUGGAAACUUCACUAUCCAGCUGAGGAGUUUGAACAGCGAAGAUCAUCCUUCCACUGUUCCGACCAGCAUUACUAGGAACAUUACGAUCACGGUGUCCGUGAAUCAGCAGCCAUGUCCUGCUAAUCAAACAUGUACCGGUCCAGACGGCAGUAUGCAUUCGGCAAGCUUGAACAACAUAAGUUUUUGGGCUCCCUCGAUUAGCAUUCUCCAAGCAUACUACAACAAUACAAGUGGAGUCUACAACAAAACCUUUCCGGAUGAACCACCUUUUGUGUUCGACUACACCGGGAAUGUUUCGGCCUUAGGGGAAGCUGCCAACGUGAGUACCGAAGUGUUGAUGAUUAACUAUGACGAGGAGGUCGAGAUAAGAUUCCAGGGGACCAAUUUCGGAGCAGCGGAGAAUCACCCGAUGCAUUUACACGGCUAUAGCUUUUAUGUCGUCGGAAUGGGCGACGGAAAUUUUAGCGACACCUACAUAUCAGAGUAUAAUACAGUGGAUCCGCCUUACGUCAACACCGUCGGACUCCCCAAGAACGGGUGGACAGCGAUUAGAUUCAAAGCCGAUAAUCCAGGAGUGUGGUUCAUGCACUGUCACUUAGAACGCCAUGCGAGCUGGGGAAUGGACACGGUCCUCAUCGUCAGAGACGGGACGAGCAGCGACCAGAAGAUGCUUGCGCCUCCCGGAGAUAUGCCUCCUUGUUCCGGAUCGUAAUCAGGAUGUUGUUUGAUUCGAGUUCUUAGGACAAAGGCUAUAGAUAUCCUUCUGGGAAUAAAUCAUCUGAAUCUUGUAUCGGACUUUGCAGUAAAGCAUCAUCAGUCUAAUAAGUUUCGAUCGUAACAUUUGUUUUGGCAA